AUGGGAGGAUUCCAAGCAAAGUCAUCAAAAAACUUACAGGGAAAAGAUUGGAAUGUGGAGUUGGAACAAGAUGGAAAUAAAUUACUUAUGAGAAAUGGCUGGGAUCGCUUUGUGAUUGAUAAUUCAUUAGAGCUAGAGGAGUUUUUGAUCUUUGCUUACGUUAGCAAAACUACGUUCAUAGUCAAAAUAUUUAGUAUCAAUGGAUGCGUUAAAAAAGAAAGUACGACCAUCAAUGAGCAGUCUUACGCGAAGGUGAAAGAGGAGCCAAAAUCAGAUCAGGAAUCCAGUCCUACUAGCUCUUGUAAGACAAGUUUUAAAAGUGACGUGCAGCAUGAACAAAUCUCUGAGGAUAAAUGUGAAGUAAUGACCAACGUUGUUGAAGGAAGAACCACUCAAUCGAAGCGUAUACGAUUUUCAAAAGUCGUUGAUGUAAGGCCAUAUCUGUCCAUUCCUGCAGCGGUUUUCAGAUCGAAAAACGUAGAGUUUCCGAAAUCUAAAAAAGAAAUACUUCUUGCGUACGGGAGUGAGGUUUCGCGAGUAGGGAAGCUUUCUCAGACAACUCGCAGGCGUGUUCAGGGCGAUGAGUGCAAAUUUGAGGUUAUCGUUGGUAAUGAUAUGCGUAUUAAAGAAAUCGUGCUGUUGCAAAUUCGCUCCAAUACCAGAUUAAUCCGCUGCAGAUGA